AUGGAAUGCUUGAGACGCUGUGAAAAGAAAGGCACGGAAAUUGUACAAAAGCUUGCUACUUUUGCCCGACAACGCGUCCGUACACAAAGCGCAUAUUGCUAUGGCUGCUGUGCAGAAAACAUUGCUAUGGCUGCUGUGCAGAAAAAAUUGCUAUGGCUGCUGUGCAGAAAACAUUGCUAUGGCUGUUGUGCAGAAAACAUUGCUAUGGCUGUUGUGCAGAAAACAUUGCUAUGGCUGGUGUGCAGAAAACAUUGCUAUGGCUGUUGUGCAGAAAACAUUGCUAUGGCUGUUGUGCAGAAAACAUUGCUAUGGCUGCUGUGCAAAAAACAUUGCUAUGGCUGUUGUGCAGAAAACAUUGCUAUGGCUGUUGUGCUGAAAACAUUGCUAUGGCUGCUGUGCAGAAAACAUUGCUAUGGCUGUUGUGCAGAAAACAUUGCUAUGGCUGUUGUGCAGAAAACAUUGCUAUGGCUGCUGUGCAGAAAACAUUGCUAUGGCUGUUGUGCAGAAAACAUUGCUAUGACUGUUGUGCAGGAAACAUUGCUAUGGCUGCUGUGCAGAAAACAUUUAUGGCUGCUGUGCAGAAAAAAUUGCUAUGGCUGCUGUGCAAAGAAUGAGAUUUUAAAUAACGAAACCCUCACUCUACAGCGCAAAUUUUGUCUUGCUUUAGCCGUGCUUUAUUAUUUAUAUCCGAAAUUGCAAAAAGAGAAUAGAUUUCUGCCUAUUUAG